GUGGCGAAUACACCAAUCCAUCCAUCUACCUACAUAUCACUUUAAGCAGGAACAAAGCAUUCGCAGAGGAAAGAAACAGGCAGAGGUUUUCCAUAGAGCGUCCUCUUUUUCGGUCUUACGAUAUCGGUUACGACAGCCAGUCUCGCCUCACUUAAAGCAUAGAGAUAUAGACAUACAGCAUCUCAUCAGCAGCAGCAGCAGCAGCACCAUUAACAUCAGCAUCAGUAAAUCACAGACAGACUCAAAGACUCACGGAAAAGGACUUGAACGCAACGAAUCUUUCGCUUUUCGACUCUCCUCUUUGUAUCGGUUCGAAAAUCAUGUCGCUCGCCACUACCGCUCCACAACAACCAGUCCGUCUCCCAGAUGGCGGUAUUCUUGCCGGUCAAUCCGAGCAUGGUCGCAGAAACAACGGCAACCACAACAACCAAAACCGUCGAAGACGGCCUUCUCAGGCGAACGGUGGCGAGCAGGCCGGAGACGUCAUGCCCGGGACCGGGGCGUACCUCUUGCAACAACAGCAACAGCAGCAACGAGCUCGCGGGAAUCGAGCUAGGCGAGGAAACCAGACUCACGGAGAUGGGUCUGCGUCAGUACCGCCUCCUUCUCAGGUUCAGGCUCAUCAGCAGCAGCCCAAUGGGCAAUCUGGACCUUCCACCGAUGGUCAGCAAGGGCAAGGACAAGGACAGGGGAAACGAAGAAAUCGCCCCCCUAGGCAUCAAAACAGGCCCGCUCAAGGCCAGACGAAUGGGGAUACUCAACCCGGCAGUCAGCCCUUGAGUCGGGUUCCCACGAACGGGUCGACGGCGGGUUCGAAUGCUUCGGCUUCGAACGCGCCUACGAACCGACGUGGUGGACAGGCGAGGAGCCGGGGUUUCAACUCCCAGCUGACCGAGACGGCGAAUGGGGACGAUAGGUUGGAUCCCUCGGCUGGUCCUUUCGUCCCUGGAGAUCGAGCUCAGCGGGGCAAAAAUAAUGGCAAUCAGGCCAGACGUCCGCAGACUCAUUCUCGGUCUCAGUCUCAAGGCAAUCUGGAUCAGCCGCCUCAUCUGGCAUCCGCAUCGUCGACCUCUACCAAUGUACAGUAUCAGAUACAGGAUCAACAGAACCAAGCUCGUUCCCGGAUCCAACCUCAACCCAACUACCGCCGGAACGCUCGGACGAGGAAGCCUUUCCAGGGCAACUUAUCGGGUGCUACUAUGGAUUUCGAGGAGAUGCAGGAAAGAGCCGUCAUGGGCGGAGCUAUCCCCGCUGCAGAGCGCAAAUACAGGGGAUGGGGAGGUAUGAAGGAUGAAGAAGACGGCUUGGUAUCAAAGCUGGUCAGAGGACUUGGUGGUGUCGGUGGAAACUGGCUGGAGUGUGUGAUCUGCUUUUCGACCAUCUUACCUCAACAACCCAUCUGGUCCUGCUCGCCUACGACAUCGGCGGUGGUACCAGGUGAAAUCACCACGAACGCAUGCUGUUACACCCCCUUCCACCUUUCGUGCAUUCAAGACUGGUCUUCCCGAUCUCUCGCCGAAGCGAAAGAAAAGACCAGAGACAGGGAUACCCGGAUCUACCCGGAAGAACCUGUUCUCACCUGGAGGUGCCCCGGCUGUCAGAAGAAGCGGGUCAAGGAGGCCAACAAGUACGAGUGUUACUGCGGCAAGGUCAAGAACCUGUCGACUGGUCACGGAGCGGUUGGGAAGGAUACGACUGGGGAUGGCUCGAGCCUGGUCUUGCCCCAUUCGUGCGGGAACAGCUGUUCCAGGGAUAGGUCUUACUGUGGACACCCUUGUCCCUUGCAGUGUCACCCUGGCCCCUGUCCACCUUGUCAGGUCCCACUCGUCAUCCCCUGUCCAUCUCACAAGAAGGACCUCGUUGUCAAAUGUUCGCUCGCCAAGGGAAAAGACGUUCCUGUACCGGCAUGCGAAGAGCCUUGCGAAAAGCUCCUGGCGUGUCAAGCGCAUGCAUGUGACAAACUCUGUCACGAUGGCGAUUGCGCCAAGUGCACAGCGAAGGAGACCGUUCGGUGUUAUUGCGGCGUGGAUGAGCGGGAGGUAGAUUGCGGAUGGAGAAAGCGAGAGGAGCAGACUUGCGGAGACGGAAAGGAUACCUGGGAAGGAAGGUUUGGAUGUGAACGGGUAUGCGCGAGACCGUAUGAUUGCGGAAAUCAUACGUGUCAAGAGGAAUGUCACCCGCAUCCUCUCGAAACCUUGAAAUGCCCACGAUCGCCCGAUUUGGUGACACAUUGUCCAUGUGGACGAACGCCGCUCGGCGAAUUAACAUCCACUUCAAGGAUGUCGUGCACAGAGAAGAUCCCGACCUGCGCUCUCAGGUGCAAUCGACCGCGGUCUGACUGCGAUCAUCCGUGUGAUAAACUCUGUCACGAGGGCGAAUGCACGCCCUGUAGAGAGAUGGUUGUCCUUCCUUGCCGAUGCGGUUCCAGCAAGGUCGAGAUGAUCUGCUCGGAAAGGCAGGAGAUGGAGAAACAAGGGCAAGAAGUGCUUUGCGAAAGGGUGUGCAAAGCAUUGAGGAGCUGCGGACGCCACGAAUGUGCCAGGUUCUGUUGUCCGCUUUCGUACCAGGCCAAGUUCAAGGGAAAGAAGCGAGAUAUUGCUGCUUUGGGUGACGACGAAGCGGGUCUACAUACCUGCAGUCUUCCUUGCAACAAAGUAUUGACGUGCGGCGUGCAUCAUUGCCCCAAGCCCGAUCAUCGCGGCCCGUGCCCGCCCUGUCUAGAAGCGAGCUACGAGGAGCUUGGCUGCAACUGUGGACGUACCGUCAUCCAUCCACCCAUCCGUUGCGGUACGGUAAUCGAUUGCACGUAUCCUUGUGCCCGACCUGCCCCGGAAUGCGGCCAUCCCAAGGUUCCGCAUACUUGCCAUGAGACCGAAGCAUGUCCUCCAUGCCCCUACUUGACGACCAAGAAGUGUGCAUGCGGCAAGAAUGAGGUGAAGAACGUUAGGUGUAGUCAGGAAAAGGUGACCUGCGGAGUCAUUUGCAACUCGUUACUUUCGUGCGGUUACCAUCACUGCAUGAAGCCAUGUCAUUCGGCUGGAGAUUGCGAGGAGCCUUGCCAGCAGGUUUGCCAGAAGCCCAAGCGACUUUGCAAACACCCCUGUCCGAUCACUUGCCACGCUCCUUCCGCUUGUCCCGAGGAUGAACCUUGCAGUGCGACUGUGGAUCAGACUUGUCCUUGCGGCCACGUAAAGCAGCGAACAGCCUGCGGGGCAUGCACGGGCAACCCGGUCUCACGGGAAUCCGUACAACUCAAGUGCGUUUCCGAGUGCGCUCAACGUCAACGUAACGCCAGGUUGGCAGAAGCCCUUGGGAUCAAACCUUCGGAAAAGCUCGUGGAGUAUCCCGCCGAACUGCGCACUUUCGCAACCGCCAAUCACGCCUUUGUGCUUACCGUCGAAAAGGCCUUCAACGACUUCUUUAUGGGACCAAAACAAGCGACAUUGUUACCUCAUACCCCCGCUCACAAACGUCAAUUCAUCCUGGGGCUCGCCGAAGUCUACCGCUUUGGAACCGAGCUUGUCGACGCAGACCCACACCGGAGUGUGCAGCUCCGUCGACGGAUCGACAGUCGAAUCCCGAAUCCACUCCUUUCUGCUGCCACCGGUGCUCCUCCAGCUGCAAAGCGUCAACUAGGCGGGUUGGGCGAUAUGAAGAAGGCUUCCUUUGCCAGUUUAGCUGGACCUAGCUCGGUUAUCGCCCCAAACCCCGUCAGAGGAUGGGGGAGUGCAUCGCUCUCGCGUCCCUCUAGCCCCCAAGUUCACCCUUCGCGAAUGUCGGGAACGCCAUCGCUUGCUCGUCCUUCGAGUCGGCCUGAACCACCGGUGUCAACUGGCUCGGGGAUUCACAAACUCGAUCACAUCACGGGUUCUUAUACCCCACCUCAGAAAAGAGACAUCGAGGAGAAUGCGAAGGAUUGGGAUGAGGAAGAUUAGCCGGAUGUAGCUCGGGGACGCUAAAUGAUGAUCGAUCACU